CUAGCCUAGCCUGAGAGCACUCGGAGAGAUAUCACUGUUGCGCUUUCUCCAGCGUGGGCUGCAGCUACAGGAGCUCAGGAAACUUCACACAAGACUGCGGGACAGCACGCCUCAGACCGCCGCACCGCAGAGCAGGAUCAGGACGGUAAAGGACGCUUUAACCAUGACAGCCAAAAAGCCGCAGAGCAUGCUCCGAGAAGCCUCUCAUCAGAUUAUAGCCGGUGGAUCCGCAGGUCUGGUGGAGAUCUGUUUGAUGCAUCCCCUCGAUGUAGUGAAGACAAGGUUCCAGAUCCAAAGGGGAACCAGCGACCCCAACAGCUACAAGAGUCUGGGUGAUUGCUUCCGGACCAUCUUCCGCAAUGAAGGAGUCUUUGGCUUCUAUAAGGGAAUCCUGCCUCCAAUUCUGGCCGAGACGCCAAAGAGAGCAGUCAAGUUUUUCACCUUUGAGCAGUACAAGAAGUUGCUGAAUUUGACCCCUUUGUCUCCUGGUGUGGCGCUGUCUGUAGCAGGCCUCGGCGCAGGCUUGACUGAAGCGGUUGUCGUCAAUCCGUUCGAAGUGGUGAAAGUCAGUUUGCAGGCCAACCGCGACUCCUUCAAAGAGCAACCCUCUUCAUUCGCUCAAGCAAGGCGCAUAAUUAAGACAGACGGAUUUGGGCUAAGAGGCCUGAAUAAAGGACUCACAUCGACACUGGGACGCCACGGAGUUUUCAACAUGAUCUACUUUGGCUUCUACUUCAACGUCAAGGAUGCUAUUCCCACCAGCCCGGACCCCAUGCUGGAGUUUUUGAGGAAGUUUGCUAUCGGCCUGGUGUCCGGGACAAUCUCCUCCUGCGUGAACAUUCCCUUUGACGUAGCCAAGAGCCGCAUCCAAGGCCCCCAGCCCGUUCCUGGAGAGAUCAAGUAUCGCACCUGCUUCCAGUCCAUGGCACUGGUGUACCGGGAGGAGGGGUACUUGGCACUAUACAAGGGGUUGGUGCCCAAGAUAAUGAGGCUUGGACCAGGUGGAGCGGUGAUGCUUCUGGUCUAUGAAUAUGUGUCAGGAUGGCUGCAGAGGAACUGGUAACAAAACAAAACAAACCACAGAAAUAAUACCCACGAGAGUGCCUUAUGGAUCAUACCUCAAUGUCAUUAUUGUUAGCUGACUCCACUGACAUCAAGCCAAAUUAGUGUUUUUUGAUUAUUUUUUUACCUUGAAAACACAAUAUUGCUCUACGAAUAUCAAAUUAGUAUUACAAUCUUAGAAUGCAACUUUCUAAGAAAAAAAACACAUCUUCAUCAAAGUUACUUUCUCAGGAAUUAAAAACAGCUGGAAUAUUUGAAAAUGGAAUACUUUUCUAAUAGAAAGCAUGUUUUUCACAGUGGAUCAGUAGAUUUUAAAGGCCCUGAAAACCUAUUGUUUCAAUCUGCUUCUCAGUAUGAAUAAUGAGGUCCAAAAUGAACACAGUAUUUUCUGUCAAAUUGAUAACAGUUUUUUGCUAUUUCACAUGGGACAUUUAUGCAUUUAGUACUUUUAUUCUGUGCUCCUCUCACUGAGUUUGAAGUGGGCAAUGCUCAGUUGGAAAUGUUGUGGGAUUGUUUGCUCAUGUUGCUCGAAUUGUCAGUGAAAUCUGAGCAAACUACACCAGCACAGUCCUGAUGAAGCAAAUUAUGUGAGUUUUUGAGAGUUAAACUCUCAAAGAAUAAUAGUGAAGAAUAUUUCAUCAUGAAGUAGCUUAUUUAGUCACAAAUACUUUGUUAUAGUGCUGAAUGUUGGAAACAAAGUUUUCAGGGGCUUUAAAGCUGGGGUAGGCAGUUUUCUGGAAAAGACAAUCAAAAUAAAUGCCAGAAUUUGAAAAUCCAGCCCUCCCCCUGCAGCUCUCCCCUUUCUGUCCUCAGUUCCUCCAACCAGACAAGCACACACUUCAUAAAUUUACCUGUACAGGUAUUAGUCACUCAUUUCAGUCAUCCUGGACGUGCCUGCGAUCCUGAUGCUGUUAUAAACAGCAAUUCAAUGAGAAUUUCUUUUCUUCAUGACUCACUGACUACAUUUACAUGCACAAAAUAUUCUGGUUUUUACCCUUAUUCUGAAAAAGAUAAAUUCCUAAUUUCUACUAAUGGCAAAUGAAAAUGAAUUUUUCACUAAUACUCUUAUCUACAUGCAGCCAAGUAUAGUCUGAUUAAUGACUAAUAUGUCAUUUAUCAUGUCAAAAUAUAGAAAAGUGGAUCAGCUGGAGCCACUUGUGCCAUUUUGUUUCUCUCCAUCAAAAAAAGGAUUCUUUCAAAGUUUCCUACUGGUGGCAAACUUGUUUGACUAUACUAACACAGGCUAGAUAUUCUAAAUCCUGAAAACAGGGCCACGAGGAGGUGCAGAAGUCCAGUUCUUUCUCAGACCACUUGAAUUACAAUAUGCUGGAGGGUUAUCAUGGUCUAAAUACACAAGCACAAACUCAAAAAGGCCUACCCCUGCUUUAAUGUUCAGUUUCAAAUGAAAUAAAACAACAAUGGUGUGAAGGCAUGUUUACGAAAGGACUUGCAAGAUACAAAAAGUCUGCUUUACACGCACUGUAGAGCAUGCAAGUAUAUGUCAGGAUUAUAUAGCUGCACAGCACAGAACACAGCUCUGCUGGACGCAGUGGCUCAUCUGCCUCUAUCAAACAUCACUCUUAUCUUCACGUAAGCUGCUCAUUAAGGAGCAGAUUUUGAAGUCAGCUACAGUGCACACAAUUCAGCAGACAUACAUACAGUUUUUUAUGGACACAUCUUUAUAUACAACAAUGCAUCUGUGAAAUAUAUACUGUGGUCACACCCAUCGUACUGAGCCUUACUUUACAUCUAAAACCAAAUUGCCGCUAUAGUGCCAAAUAAUUCUUAAAACAGAAUUAAAGUGUGUAAGAAUUUCUUUUACUCUGAUAUUUUUACAGCCUAUUGCAGAACUUUUUUUAAAAUAUCUUUUUGCAUGACUGAUAUUAUUUGUGUAUCGCCUUUAAAUUAGAAAGCUUUAUUAGUAAGAAAUUUUGUUAAUUUGACUUUUAUCUUAAUGUAGAAUUUGUGAAAAGUUACUCAAAUGUCUUGGUAACAAAU